CUCCGUCACCGCUCAGGGACUCCCAGCUGCCCCCUGCACUGGUGGGUGGUGGGGCACUGUGUGAGGGGGAGCACCAACCAGCAUCACCCCCAGACUACAGCACAGCCCGGGAGGCUGACAUCUCCAGCAGCCAAAUGUGGAGGAGGGAGCUGGAGGAAGGAGGAAGACAGACUGUCAGCUCGGUGUACCAGGCAACAAAACGCUGGCACCAUUCUGUCUGCCCGUCUCCUGCAGAGCUCUGCUUCACCCCAGGUACCAGGGAACCCCUGCAAAGGGAGGGGCGACUGCAAGAGGGGUGAUGUGUGGCUGGGCACCCCACCAGAGAUAAGGUAUUUGAAAAAGGCCAUUUUAAAAGCAUUCUGCCAAAAUGUUGGAAAAUGAAAAUGUGCUUUAUGGACACUCACGCAUUUCUAUGGACAGCAUUAGAAGCCCUUUAACUGGGUUCUAGAUAAAUAUAAGACACUCUUCUGUAAUAAAGCAAUAUGCUUACUGCCACCAGCCUGGCUGAUCUUCAGAACCUGUGCGCACCACAACACGCUCUCGAGUUGUAGAUAUGCCAGAUGACAGCUGGCCAUAAACAGAGGCAUUCCAGACUUCCCAAAAGAAACAUUUGGUGAAUAAUGAGAUUCAUGGGUGGAAAAAAUCCAGAGAACACAGCACAAUAUGAAAAGAACUGAGACCAUGGAUACUAAGAUUACAAAAAAGAAGAGCUAGGGAUGAUAUGCCAUCUUUGCACAAAGAAUACCUGACGCUGGUGCCCCCAUCUGUGAAUCUGCAGUGCGUGUUUGGGGGUUCCUGCCCCUCUGUAUGGCAGAAUAAGAUGGUUAUGUCUCAGGGCACAUACACUUUCCUCAGUUGUUUUGCUGGAUUUUGGCUUAUCUGGGGGCUGAUAGUAUUGCUGUGCUGUCUCUGCAGUUUUCUAAGGCGUCGCAUGAAGCGACGCAGGGAGGAGAGGCUGCGGGAGCAGAGUUUACGUUCUGUACAGAUUGAGCCUCUUCAGUAUGAGGAAUAUGUUAGCAGCCCACGCAUUCCGGUGGCACACAGAAUCCGCGCACAAGCAGCAUCUCAGGCACCACCGCCCGCAGCACAGGCUCGCCCAUGGUCUGCCACCCGCAGGAAUGGACCUGCUCCAAGUGCUGCUAGCCGGGACAUCCCUUCCAUGAGUCAAGAGCCAGAUUUAUCUCAGCCACCAUGUUAUGAAGAGGCAUUGCUUAUGGCAGAACCACCACCACCCUAUAGUGAGGUCCUCACUGACACAAGAGGUAUCUACAGGAAGAUCUUCAGUCCUUUUCUCACUGUUCAGGAUGAGCUUGUUAAACCAGAACAACCCGUGAGCCAUAAACAACAUCUGGCAGGACCACCCCAUACACAACCACUUCCAGGGGCCCUAAGUUCACCAAUUUCACCAAACCCUCAAGAACCACAGAGGGUGAGAAGACCAUCCUGGUCAGGCUCAGAAAUUGGAAGUGGGGGUCUACACAGACUGCCUAGGGGCUGCCAGCUGAUCUUUCCUAUUCCUCUUCUGGGCAGGACUACAGCCGUUUGAAACAUCGUGCAUGGUUGGAUCAUAUAUCUUAAGAGUUGCUGUGGUCCAAAGAGCAUAAGUAGGGAAUGGGGUGGGCUGUUUACAUUACAAAAUGACAAUGUAGAACUUAGAUGAUCAGGGUUUACAUUCAAUGAUGAACUUUUUAAUCAGGCAAAAUGUUCUAAUAACAGAUAAAUCCGAUGCACUAGAAUUGUUUCAUUGACACUGAUUGUAGGGACCCCAGAAGUGCAUCUAGUAUGCUUGUACAGCUUUCUGAGAAGACAUGUUUAACUUGGACCUGAUUUUGGGGAUGUCCAUGUUCUACUGUAAGAAGACUCACACAAACUGGAAGCCAUCUUUAUUUAAUUAUUUAUUUCUUUAUAUUUUUUAGUUGCACUUUCUUUUUGUGGGAUUAAAGUUUGGCAGCCGUGGUGUAUAUUUGAGCUGCUGGCUAAA